AUGGCGGCUCACAUUCCCAUGACGCCUUCUGUGAGGGACCUCCGCCGUCCCUCCGCAGCAGCCGUCUCGAUGAUGAGUGAGAACUGCAGAAAUCCCGACGAGCCAGGCGAAUACGAAACCGUGGCACGCCUCGGCCGCCGCCACACCUACCGCGGACUCGACGGACGCCAGCUCGCUGAGCGUGACGAGGAUUUGCCAGACUGGAAGCCCGCGCCGCUGCGAUGGCCCUUCUUGACCGUGCUGACAGUCGUCCUGUUUGCGCUGAUGGCCGCUAUCAUUUAUGCCGUGCAGACGCUUCCCGCUGCCGAUAGCAGGGGCGCGUUGUGGCAAGCAGAGUCGGUAGCAUCAUCGACGACUUUGGGAGACGCCGCAGGGUCGAGCGACGGGUUGUCCAGGCGCGCUCCUUUAGUCAGGAGGGCGCCGAUGGAAGUAUCGGAAGCGGAUGAGAGGAACCGUGAGCUUGAUAGUCAGAUCAGGAAAGACCCAGCUCGCAAGAACGGCGAAGAGACUCCCGGCAAUACCAAACUAGGAGGCGCACCUCUACCGGAAGGUCAGAGCCAGUGGAAAAGGCAGAAGGAGGCCGAUGAAAAUGAUAAACAGCGUGAAGAGAAGGAUAAGGAGGAGUCGGACAGCAAAACCCGACCUGGCCAAAGUCCAAGCCCGACUCCGACGCCAAUCCCGACUCCGGAACCUAUGCCGGGUCAGAAACCACAAAGCCCGACUACAACGACGACUGGGAAGACGGAUACCAGCACAUUGACAAUAACACCCACUACUACAACGACGCCAACUACAACGACGCCAACUACAACGACACCAACUACAACGACACCAACUACAACGACACCAACUACAACGACACCAACUACAACGACAUCAACUACAACGACACCAACUACAACGACGCCCACUACAACAACGCUCACUACAACAACGCUCACUACAACAACGCUCACUACUACGACGCCCACUACUACGACGCCCAUCACGACGACGUUCAGCCCCACGUCUACGACAGCAUCAAGUACAGAAACCAAGCCGACACUAACCCAUGGAAACGGCUUCCCGGGAGGAGGUAACAGUGGUGGUGGCGGCGGAAAUAUUGGCGACGAAUGCGGUGAUCGCAGACCUUGUGCGCAGGGAUUUUGUGAAAAUAACAAGUGCACCGAAGAGUCAAACAACGGCGGUGGAGGAAAUGUCGGUGAUGCUUGUAGCGACCGGAGGCCUUGUAGCCAAGGUGCCAUCUGCGAAGACAAUAAAUGCGUGGACGACAAUACCACAGCCACUCCGACUUCAUCAAGCGUCACCACUACUACAAGCAUCACUACUACAACCACAAGUGACCCAAGUGGCGGAGCAGCUGUUGGGGACUCUUGCCGCUUCAGACCUUGCGCUCAAGGUGGAAAAUGUGAAAACGGUCUCUGUGUGGCGGACAAGCCAUCUAGUGACCCUCCACAAACUACCAGUGUGCCAGAUAACAAUACUGGAGGAGCCAAGAUUGGCGAGAAAUGUGGCAUUUGGCCGGUCGCACCCAGUUGUUCAGAGGGAAAGUGUGUCAACGGAGUCUGCGCUGACGAAAGGCCAAACAACGAUCCUCCCACCGAUAAUCCUCCUCAGAACGGCGGCGCGAAACUCGACCAGCCAUGCGGCAUGUCCGCCCCGUCGAACGGAUCGAAGGAUUGCGCUGAAGGGUCCUGCAAGCUGUCAGGGUUGGGCUGGAAAUGUGUUCAAGACAGCAAUCCCCAACCUCAACCUCAGCCGCAGCUGCCUCCGGCACCUAAGCUUGGAGAUCGUUGUGGCGACUCAGUAGUGGUGCCUUUGGCGCCGAAAGAUUGUACAGAGGGUCAAUGUCGGCGCGGUUCCUCGGGUCUUUGGACUUGCGAAAAGGAGACUCAAACCCCGCCAGACAACACACCACCAAAUGGCGGCGGUGAUGGCAACGGGUUCGUCAAGCUCCAUGAGAAAUGUGGAGGUAUUGGAUACACCGGACCUACGCGGUGUGAGCAAGGCACAUGCAAAGUCCUUAACCCUUAUCACUCACAAUGCGUUGAUGAGGGUUCCGCGAACGAACCUGGGACUGGAGACAACCCUCCCAAGGGCCCCGGCGACAACCCCGCAAAUACACCGAAGCCCGGAGAAAACAACAACGAGCCUAGACCUGGAUCUGGGGAGAACCCUCCCAAGGGGUCUGGUGAUAACUCGACAAAUCUCCCAACGCCUGGGGAAACCAGCAAUUCGCCUGGCCAGGGUGUGCAGCUAUUUGGCCAAUGUGGUGGGAACGGCUACAAUGGUCCUACCGCCUGUUCGCUUGGGUCUUGCGUCAAAAAAGAUGAGUCGUGGAGCGAAUGCCGCCUCGAUAACCCCUGGCCUAAGAAGUCUGAUGAGCCCCAGACAACGCGGGGACCCCAGUUGCCUUGGGUUGGUGGACCACGACCAGGACAGGAAGACGACAGCAAAACCACUGCUCAGACAACACAGACCAGGCCCGGGCCUGAUAUAAAUCCGAUUAACAAUGUCCAAAGCCAGCCCGAGCCCACCAGACCUCCUCUUAUCGACAACCCAGCCCAGACAGACAGACCCAAAGUUGACCGCCCAAAGGAUGAACAGAAGGACGAGGACGCAUCGCCGCAGGGUGGGGGUCGGCCUUUCAAAACCGACAGCGGGACAAGUUCUCGCGCAUUCAGACCAGCGCCUGUGCCGACGACGAGAUUUGAAUGGGUCCAGGCCAAGACCAUUGUAACGACAGACGACAAGGGAGACAGAACAACGUUGAUCAGCACUCCAACACCUCAAAUACAGGUUGAUAUCCUCACUGUGACUGAUUCCGAGGGACGACCGAGAGUUACAACAAUUACAAAAACGGUGGCACCCAGAACAAGCACAUUGACCGACAGCAACGGGGUGCCCACGGCUACUAUAACAGAAUACGCUGCAAUCCCGACUUCUGCCGCGCAAGCGAGCACUGCACCCGUGGAGGCAAUGUCACGUCUCAGCAAGUCUCAGCACUUUGCCGCAUUCUUUCUUCCGCUACUCUUGGGCGUUGGUCUUCUUGCAGUUGCGCGCAUGGUUGAAACGACGGCCAGGCAACUCCAGCCAUUCCACCGCAUGACACAUCCCUUUGGCGCACCAGCGGCGGAGUCUUUCUGUCAGCGGGUCGGCUUAGUUGAGACCAUCCCGAUAGCUUUCAAGAGCCUCACGAUAAAAGGGGGCAUCCUACGCGAUCCGCCAGUGUUAUUGCUAUCCAAGCUACUUCUGCUCUUCUCCGCUGUCUUGGUUCCGCUAGCCCCGGAAGCCUUGGCUCUCAGCAUGAGCGAGAACUGUCGCCCUGAGAUUGGCUACGAGGGUUGCACGGCAUCGGUUGCUAUUUUUCCGGUCCCGGCAUGGGCUGCCACUGGAGUGAUUGCUACAAUGGCAGUUUUGGCGCUACUUCUUGUGGUAGGUCUCCAAAGAUGGACGACGGGCGUGGCAUCGAAUCCAUGGAGCAACGCUGGAAUGGCGUCCAUGUGCGCCAAUGCCGAGGUUAGGGCGAUACUCCUAUCUCUACCUAAUGGUCUGGGCGCUCGACCUAGCGCACCCGGGAAGAGGCCCCCGAGAGAAAGCACCGCAACAGGUAGGGUCAUCACACACGAGCAGCUGCUCAAUGCGGCUGGCGAUCGAACGUUCCGCUUGGGCAUGUUUCCGACUGAGGUGGGCACCGACGCCUCUUCGCUCAGGGAAAAUGCCUCAGCCGACUAUGGUGUUAUAUUAUGCAACAGCGGAGCGGAAGGGAAUUCUCUGACGGCCGGUAGCGGUGUCCACCCAGAUAACAUUGGCAUAGCGAUAUCAACACCGAUGACUGGAACAACCGUGAUGGCGACCGCAGACGAAGGCGUUGAGGAGUUCGAAUACAGUGACGACGAGGAUGACAAUGACCUCGGACCUGCUGACAAUCGAGCCCCGCAAGGAGCGGGUAAAUUUGCGCCACUGCAGCGACAGGAAGAACAUCACCUACCCUUCAUGAUGUUAACAUAUGGACCCCGACUUGUCUUUGUGGCUUUCGCUUGUGCCUUGCUUGUUAUCAUUAUGUAUCAUCAGAAUAGCUCUGGGGACGGCGGUUUCGAGAGGUUCAUGAACCAGGAGGGAUUCGGAGCCCGGUUGCUAUUCACCAUUGUCGGCGUGGUAAUAGCAUUUUUCUGGGCUUCUUUCUUUACCAACGUAUCACUCAUGAGUCCCUACCUGCUGCUCUCCAUUUCCCCGCAACGCGCCGAACGCUCCAUCCUCAUCUCGCCAUCGAGCAACCCAUUCUCCGGUCUGUACCGCGCGAUCCGCGACCGGCACUUCUUCCUUGCCGUCGUCGCCGCGACUGCGAUCCUCGCCGAGUUCAUGCCCAUCCUGCUCCACAACCUCCCCUCGCGGGGCGACCUCAUCGCCUCCAAGCACUCGCAGCUCUACCAGGCCUGCACGUGGACGUCGGUCGGGAUCCUCUGCAUCAUGCUGGCGGUCAUCACGACGUCCUUCUUCGUCAGCUGGCCCCACAUGCCUUCGGACCCGAGCAGCCCGGCCGGUGCCAUGUUUUACGUCUGCGACUCGCCGGGCAUGGCCUGGGCGCUCGAGGGCACGGCGCUCCUGAGCCAGAGGGAGCGCGACAGUGGCGUCAGGGCGCUGGGCAUGACGUAUGAGUUUGGCGCCAUGGAGGGCAUGAGCGGCCGGAGGCGGGUCGGCGUUGACGCGGAUGAGACUUCGGGCGCGGCCUUGAUUGACCAGCCCGAAGGUGCCGCUGUAUAA